UUUAGCAGAAGGCAGCCGCAGAAGCAGGACUGGGCAUCCUCUCUUUUCCUCUGCACCUGCGGCAAUAGCUGAGCCCAGGAGCGAGCUGCACUUCUCACAAGGAAAUGUUACUGUAGAAGAUUAGUCAGAUGCCUCCUCUACUUUCCUUGCAUCACAUGGUGUGUCAUGCAAGGUUAGAAAUACUGACCUCAUAAUUUAAAUUAAAUAAUUAGACAAACACAAUGGAAGGCACUUAUACUGUCCUCCAGUUGCACAGACCCAUUAUGGAGCUUUGCUACGUCAGCUUCUAUCUCCCAAAGGGGAAAGUCAGAGGGUUCACAUACAAGGGCUGUGUAACUCUGGACAAAUCCAGUAAACAUUAUCAUCGCUGCUAUCGAGUGAGCGAAGGCUCGGAGGCAGUAGGAUCGAGAGGGCAGACCUGUGAAAACAUUGGAGACAUCUUCUUCAAGCAAACAACUACUAAGGAUAUUCUCACUGAGUUGUAUAAACUGAAUGCUGAGAAGGAGAGGCUGUUGGCUACUCUCCUUAGUUCAAGCUACAUUCUAGGUGUUAAAAUGGGGAACCAGGAGGGGAAGCUGCAAGACAUUUCUGAAAGCCUGAAAUAUAGCCAUGAUGGCAGACAGGGUUUCAAAGAUCAACAAGAGUCUCUUUCGGGAUCUAUGGAGAAGAGGUCCACUCCAAAAAACAAAAAAACCAGGAGAUUCAGCAAACGGAGAGAGAGCAUUGAGGACUUCAUAAACAAGAAAAUGAAAAGGAAGACACCUGGCGUUUUGGAGCCAGCAGCAUUAAACAGCAAAGCAAUGUUGUUGGGAAAUGAUAAAUUUCUUUCUGCCAAAUAUUCCAGCUCAUUUGCAUGUUCUCGUCAGGAGAAGGUGGAAGACAGAGACGAUUUAUCAUCAGAUGUGAAUAAACUAGCAGAAGGAUCAAGGAGAGAGUGGUAUUUGCUUGAGAACAGCCGGGCUUUGGGGUCUGAUACAGAUCUCUCUGUUUCUUUCUCUGAGUACGACAAUGAUGUGUUUGGACACUGUUUUGCACAUAGCCAUAGUCUGCUAGAUGAUGUAGAGGACACCCUUAAAGGGAUCCAGGAGCAGCAGAGCAGCCCGUCGCGGACCUCUUUCCAGGGAACGUCAACCAAUGAAUCUGAGGCUUUUGAGAAGACCUCAGCCUCUGAAAUGGUGCACGGUUAUGAGCGUAUUGCAGGAAACUGCAAAAGCAAGCCUCAAGUUGGAGUGGUCUCAAAAGCGGAAGUCUCUGAAUGUUACCUGCAAAACGUUGGACGCGCCUCUGUGGAAUACUGCGAAGUACCUUACGCCUCAAGUGAGGGGAGCAAAGAAUCAGUCAGUUCUGGUUUUGCCACUGUAAAACAGGAGAAAGAACAGAAAGGCUAUAUUCCACAACAUAAAGGAGAACAAGACCAUGUUAUUGACGACUCAUGUAGUCUAGCGGGAGUCGUCAAUAAAACCUUACUGAAAGUUACACAGUAUGACAGAUUAGAUGAAACGGCAGAAUGGAAGCGAUUACAGGCUGUUACAAGAGCAGACAGAAGCCCAGCAGGCUUGGUGUAUGAAAAAAGAGCUACGGUACCCCAGGAGGACAAAAAGCAUUUGUCUUUACACCUGCCGAUAAAUCUGAAUCCCGAUACUUGCCAGGCAAGGACCAUCAUUAAACAGGAAGAUAAAAGGCCACUGUCUCCGUCCUUAGUAGCAAUUAGCAAUGUUUUUAAUAAUUCCUAUCCACUGUCCAAUACAUACAAACAGAUGUCGCCUCUUCCUUCGCCUUUAUCCUCAAGUCUGCCUAGCCCACAGCUACACCACAGAAUACUUCCAUUGCCCAUGCUUGACACUGAAGAAGAGUCUGGCGCUAGUGAUGAUUGUUCAAGACAUUCCACUACAAAUUUCUCAUUGGGCAAAGAUUUUGAAGCACAGUUGCAACUCAGGUUUUCUGAAUUUGGACAUCCCGGACUUUCUGUGAGACAACCAGGGCUACAUCAAGUUGCCAGUGAGGACGACUUUGAAAAAAGCACCCUUCAAGACAAAAACCGUGUUCAACUACAGCACAAACUGCACCCAGGUAUUCCAGCAGAUGCUGCUUUGAAGAAUGACUUUUCAGAACAGGCAGCUAAUAUACAUGCCACAAAUAAAGAUGGCGAUGCCUGGGUUUUAGGUUGCAGGUUGGGAGAAUCUUAUCCAUCUACCUGUUUCAGUGAGUCAGAGAGAGCUGACAGAAAUUCACUGCGCCUGGACCUAAAUUGAUAGCAACUUCAGAUCCGUAAUGCAGCUAUUUCACAGGCCGUUAGAAACACUGCAUACAUCAGUUUCUUUUAAAGACACAAUAUCUGUGGAAAGAUGCUGUGAAUAAUCUUCCAAACCCUGUAAGAUUUUAUCACCCUAUUCUGAAAUUUAGCAGUUAUUGCUUUUUGAUAAAUCACCUGUACAUCUACUUACAUUAUAACACCACAGAAUUAAGUGAUAGGCCCUGCCUUUUCAACAGUUAGCAGUGUUCCCACAUGUUGUAAUUGAAUCUGUUUGUAAAUUUAUUUGUUAUUAACUCUGUAAACAAUAAACUGUACCUAAAAUAUUUUGCCUAUUUUUGCAUUUUUAAAUGUGUGCGCCUGCAGAGCCUGGAAAAGAAAGAGAUAUUUACACGAAGUGUCACAUCCACAAAACAGAGAUCCAAAAAUGAAGCAAAAUUUAUAAAUAAUUAGUGAGAGAUGUAAAAAAAAAAUGUAAAGUUCUGAUUUAUGGUAAUUCUAGAGUUGCUUGUUGACCAUGUAUCUUCAGGUCACUGCUUUAAUACAGUCCUGUUGCUUAUAUUUCAAAUUGCUUGCUUCUUUGGUGUUUCGGAUUAUUAUAGCAAGCUUAAACCUCUAGUGGUUAUAAGGCUGUACAGCCAAAGCUGUGAUUCUGCACAUAUGAAAAUAAUAGUU